AUGUUCAAAAUCGCGAGCUUAGUUUUGAUGGUUGUUGUCGUUCUCGCAUGGAAUGACGAUUGCGUAAACGUUGGUGAUAAGUAUUACUGCGAAGACAUUUGCGAGGCUCGAUACGCUUCGUAUUACAACGACGAGGUGAUUUUUGUUGGACGGGUGCUGAACUUGCAGUGUGUGUUGAUGCGGCAUUUGAAGAAAGUUACAUUGACCACUCAAGUUUGGUGUCGGGGCACUGUGACGGAAAGAGUUCAGAAAAUCGUCACCCCGUGGUGGUACUGUCAAGGUAUGGACAAAACGAAAACUACUAGUACCAGUAAAACUUCUGUUACAGUUUCCACGAAAACUAUUUCAACUACUCCCAUGACAGACUAUACAACCGUUGAUUCGUCAGUGGUUUUGGAGAUGAGCACUGAGGUGUCCACUUCCGUUUCCACGAUGCAAACGACCAUUUCAGCACCAACUUCCACUGUUUUUGUCCCUGGUCCGGUACCGGAAAUUCCGUUGGUGGUAGAGAUGAAUGAGCCAAUUGAAAGGGUGAUGGUCACGUAUGAGCCCAAACAAUCGGGUCAUAUUUGGCCAUUUUACCUUUUGAUUGGGUUGGUCAUCUUUUGCAUCUUGUUGCUUGCCAUCUUAUCAGCUUUGAUUUAUUUGAAAUGGAGACCGGUUAGGGAAAUCGUAAAUUCCGUUGAAGAUACUAUUAGGAUUUACAACCCUUUUUUCUCUGACGGAGCUGAGGAGGAAGAGGCUGGAGAAAAUAGAAACGUCACUUAUGGU